AUGUCUAUUCCAGUGAAAAUGCCAGCGAUGGCCCUGGCAAAAAGGUUUUCGGCGAGCUUUUCUGAUACGGAAGUCAUUGUCACAGUUGAAGACUGGAGAGACAUACAAGAAAACAUACAUUCCCAAAACUGUGGGCCUAGAUUGUUUUGGGCUGUAAAAUUUGAGUUGAAUGAGUUUUUUCAGCGAAUCUUAUCAUCCAUAAAUGACGAUUCUCAGAAGCGAAUGUUGACUGAAUUGGAUGCUUGCAAGAGGAGUGAUUGUUGCCCUCAGAUGGUGCGGUUUUACGGUGCUAUGUUUCGGGAAGGUGAUGUAUGGAUCUGUAUGGAAGUCAUGGAUACAUCAUUGGAUAAGUUCUACAAGAAGGUUUUCGCCCUUGGUCGUAAAUUGCCGGAACCAUUUAUCGCCAAGGUCACAUUGUCUGUAGUGGAAGGUUUGAAUUUCAUGAAAGAGGAGAUGAACCUUAUCCAUCGGGAUGUAAAGCCGUCAAACAUCUUGUUAAAUCGGCACGGUCAAGUGAAAAUCUGUGAUUUUGGCAUUUCCGGACACCUCACGAACAGUCUUGCCAAGACAGUUGCUGCCGGAUGCAAAUUCUAUAUGCCACCAGAACGGAUUGAAGGUGACAUGAAGGAUUCGUACGACGUCAGGGCAGACGUGUGGAGUCUUGGCAUAACACUGGUCGAAAUAGCUACUGGUAAUUAUCCGUAUCAUACUUGGGUGAAUGUUUUCCAGCAACUUAGUCAGGUUGUCAACGAACCAGCUCCGCGGUUGCCGUCCGACGGCUCAUUCUCCCCCGACUGCCAGUAUUUCGUGAAACGCUGCUUGGAGAAGGAUCCCCGUGAACGCCCGAAAUAUCCCGAACUUAUGGCCAUGCCUUUUCUCAAUAGUGCUAGGGACGAGAAACAGUUCAGCAUGGCAAAGUUCAUCGUCGAGAUCUUGGAGGCUCCGCAACCUCCGCAGUCGUCGAUGAACAAACGCGUAUGAACUGGAGCUUUCAAGAUUAUCUCAUAUUCGAGGCAUUAUUAAUAAUAUAAUAGUGAUGUACAAUUCAGUCUAGGAUCAACAAAUCAAGCAGUAUUCUCUUUCUCGAAUUUCAGUUCGAUUUACAUGAAAUCAUUGUAACAAACUUUUAUGCUGGUUUUUGUUUCUCUUUCUUUCUAUCUCUAUGCGAUUUUUCUCGUUUUUAUGUCGACAUGUAUGCGUUUUAUUUCUAUAUCUAACUCGUCUCUAGUGUAGUUUCUAGUGUUAGUUUGCGAUGAACGCAGUGUUCAUCAUAUCAUUGCUCAUUAGAAGUUUAUCUUCUGGAUGACACUAUCACUGCUGUCAUCUGAAAGACGAAUUUUGUUUUUGUACACGGCCCAUUGCUUCCCAUUCUGUGAUCCACGCAACACCGAGUGUCGAUUGGUGUUGGCGAAACUGCACGCUUUCACCUUAGCCUGAAGAUGAAAAAUUUUAGCCUACUACAUUUUUGAUGUUCUGAACCUGUUUCUUGACGACCUUUUACUUGCAUUUUGCAUGCACCAGCUGUUCAGCAUAAGUUUCACUAGCCAGAGAGUUCUACUAGCUCUUAUCGCAUUCAGUAUUCGUCUGCUGUUCACAUAUAAUAAUUUCCUCCUCCUUUUUGUCUAUAGCACCCUCUAUGCCAUCCGUCUAUGUGUCAUGCAUCUCAGCGACCUUCAUGGUAUCCAAGUUGUGCGGAGUUUCCUUUUAAACCAGCAAGCACACCUGCCGAUACACAUGAGCGUGAUCUUUCCUAUCGUUGUCCUUAGUGCCUAGUUGCCAAGAACGUUGAUUCGAUUGACGUUACAUGCAUCCUUGCUAUCAUAUCUCUUCACUAGUUCUUUUUUCUGUUUCAGAGUUUUAAGACAUAAUCUAUAUCAGAAGGCUAUUCGACACAUUUGUAUAUCAGCAAAUUCAUUAUGCAAAGCUGCAACAGUACAUUUUAUGAUUAAUAAAUAUUUUUUCUAUAGUUUAC